AUGAUCAGUUUGGUGUGCAUUGCUAGAGAGGUUUUUUCUCUUGGGAGAGUGCAUGUGAUCAGCACAGGGCCAAUCAGUGCUGUCCAGACAGAGGGUCAGGGGUUCUGCAUCUUCCUAGAGAACUCCUCCUACAAGCUGUAACCAGUGCUCUGCUGGGCACUGAUAGAAGUCACAAGACUGCUCUAACUUCUGAUGAGAAAAGGUAUUUAGCAGUUUUUAUUUACUAAAAUAAUUGCAUUUCCAUGUUCUGUGUACUGUGGGAGACCAGAUAUAGUGAAUGCAGGGUGCUGGG